AUGUCUCUUUCAACCCGCGCCCAUGAAGCAGAAGAAGCCAUCAAGGGAAUGGAUCUCUGGGAGGUUAUUCCUAACCUCUUCGAUAUAGAGACCAAUCCUGACGGUAUCGUGAGUCUGGGUGUUGCGGAGAAUACCCUCAUGCACGAUGUUCUUCGGAAGCACAUUCACGAUAACUUGGCUUUGAAAAAUCCGGCUUUUACUUAUGGUGAUGGUACUACGGGUACCAAGGCGGUUAAGAAGUCUGUGUCACGGUUCUUGAAUAAGCACCUGAAGCCGUUCAAGGCUAUCGAGCCAGCGCAUAUUACCAUGACCAACGGAUGCAGUGCUGCUAUUGAGCAUUUAUCGUGGGCUGUUGCGAAUACCGGAGAUGGAAUCCUUCUAGGACAACCCUAUUAUGGGACGUUUAUUCCUGACCUUACUGCUCGUUUUGGGGCCAAGCUUCUCCCAGUUGCUUUUGGCGAUGUCGACCCUGUUGGCGAGCACGCGGUAGCUGAGUACGAAAGAGUUCUUCUCGAUGCUCAAGCCAAGGGGAUUAGAGUUGCAGGUCUGGUCAUCAGUCACCCGCACAAUCCCCUGGGACGCUGCUACUCUCGAAGUGUUCUCAUCGCCUUGAUGAAGCUGUGCCAGAAGUACAAAGUGCACUUCAUCAGUGAUGAGAUCUAUGCUCUGUCUGUCUGGGAAAACACUGUCGACCAACACCCUCCAGCUGUCCCCUUCGAAUCUGCUCUAUCAAUCGAUAUCGCGGGUAUUAUCGACCCUGAGUUGGUGCAUGUUCUUUGGGGUAUGUCCAAAGACUUUGGUGCCAACGGUAUCCGAGUUGGUACAAUUGUGUCUCAAGCCAACAUGUCUCUGCACGCUGCUAUUGUAGCUGUUGGACUAUACAGUUCAGUGUCGUCAAUCUCCGAUCACGUCACAGUCAACAUCUUGGAUGAUGACGCUUUUGUCGAGUCAUACAUAACUGAGAACCAAAGGAAGCUAUCAGAGCAAUACACUCGUGUCGUCUCGUGGGCCAAGAAGAACGAGAUUGACUACGCUCCAGGAGUGAAUGCUGCCUUCUUCCUAUGGGUUAAUCUGGGCAAGGCUUAUAUGGCACGACACCCUGGGCUGGAAACUGACGACAUAACGGAUCUUGUUAUGAGUAAGAUGAUGGCAAAGAAGGUCUUUUUGGCAUCUGGCAAGGCAUUUGGUUCAGAGAAGCCUGGUUGGUUCAGAAUCGUGUUCUCACAUGCCGAUGAAUAUCUUGACUUGGGCCUUGAACGGGUGAUAGAUGCACUGGCAUAG